UUUCUUAAGAUUAUUCUAAAACCUUUUAGACCUGGAGGAGGAAAGGAGGGGAGUCCCCUUUUUAUUUUUUUUCCUACAAACUCCCUGCUGAAGAGAGGGAGUAGGGAUGGCCUGGAGGCCAUGGAAGGCUUUUUGAUGACUGCCCACGCCUAGUUCUUGCUGACUCAGCUCCUCUCUUUGCUCCUCUGGGAGACCCCACCCCCCCAGGGCCCCUGGGGUCAGAGGCCAGUUGCAGGAGCUAGGUCUGCUCCAAGAAAGGGAGCAGGGGGAAGAUCCAGGAGCUCCGGGGGGAGUUGUGUCCAAGCGUGCGCCCCGUGCUGCCUGGCUCUUGGUGCGGGCCCCCUUCCGGUCUGUGACGCUGACCAGUUUCUUUUCCUUCAGCAGGGCUGCUGGACUGAAGUUUAGAGCCUGGGUGUUUGCCAUGGCCCCACACUGGGCUGUCUGGCUGCUGGCAGCAGGGCUGUGGGGCCUGGGCAUUGGGGCUGAGGUGUGGUGGAACCUUGUGCCCCGGAAGACAGUAUCUUCUGGGGAGCUGGCCACAGUAGUAAGGCGGUUCUCCCAGACGGGCAUCCAGGACUUCCUGACCUUGACCCUGAGAGAGCACUCUGGGCUUUUAUAUGUGGGGGCCCGAGAGGCGCUGUUUGCCUUCAGCGUGGAGGCUCUGGAGCUGCGAGGCGUGAUCUCCUGGGAGGCCCCGGUUGAGAAGAAGAUGGAGUGUACCCAGAAAGGGAAGAGCAACCAGACCGAAUGCUUCAACUUCAUCCGCUUCCUUCAGCCGUACAAUGCCUCCCACCUGUACGUCUGUGGUACCUAUGCCUUCCAGCCCAAGUGCACCUACAUCGACAUGAUCACUUUCACCUUGGAGCGGGGAGAAUUUGAGGACGGGAAGGGUAAAUGUCCCUAUGACCCAGCUAAGGGCCACACUGGACUGCUUGUGGAUGGUGAGUUGUUCUCAGCCACACUCAACAACUUCCUGGGUACAGAGCCUGUCAUCCUGCGAAAUAUGGGGCCUCACCACUCCAUCAAGACCGAGUACCUGGCGUUUUGGCUGAAUGAACCCCACUUUGUAGGCUCUGCCUACGUCCCCGAGAGUGUGGGGAGCUUCACGGGGGACGAUGACAAGGUCUACUUCUUCUUCAGCGAGCGGGCAGUGGAGUAUGACUGCUAUGCCGAGCAGGUGGUGGCCCGUGUGGCUCGAGUCUGUAAGGGAGACAUGGGGGGCGCACGGACCCUGCAGAAGAAGUGGACAACGUUCCUAAAAGCGCAGUUGGUGUGCUCAGCCCCGGAGUGGAAGGUCUACUUCAACCAGCUUCGGGCAGUGCACACCCUGCUGGGUACCUCUUGGCACAACACCACCUUCUUCGGGGUCUUUCAAGCGCGAUGGGGUGAUAUGGACCUGUCCGCAAUCUGUGAGUACCAGUUGGAACAGAUCCAGCAGGUAUUCGAGGGUCCCUACAAAGAGUACAGUGAGCAAGCCCAGAAGUGGGCCCGCUAUACUGACCCGGUCCCCAGUCCUCGCCCUGGUUCGUGUAUCAACAAUUGGCAUCGCCACAAUGGCUACACCAGUUCUCUGGAGCUGCCCGACAACAUCCUCAACUUCAUCAAGAAGCACCCGCUGAUGGAGGAGCAGGUGAGGCCUCGGUGGGACCGCCCCUUACUUGUGAAGAAGAACACUAACUUCACGCACGUGGUGGCCGACAGGGUCACGGGACUUGAUGGCGCCACCUAUACAGUGCUGUUCAUUGGUACAGGGGAUGGCUGGCUGCUGAAGGCUGUGAGCCUGGGGCCCUGGGUCCACAUGGUAGAGGAACUGCAGGUGUUUGACCAGGAGCCUGUGGAGAGUCUGGUGCUGUCUCGGAGCAGGAAGAUGCUUUUCGCUGGCUCCCGCUCUCAGCUGGUUCAGUUACCCCUGACUGACUGCACAAAGUACCGCUUCUGUGCUGACUGUGUCCUUGCCCGGGACCCCUACUGUGCCUGGAAUGUCAACACCAGCCGCUGUGUGGCCACCACCAGUGCUCACUCAGGAUCCCUUCUGGUCCAACAUGUGAUGAACUUGGACACCUCAAAGAUCUGUAACCAGUAUGGCAUUAAAAAAGUCAGACCUACCCCCAAGAACAUCACAGUAGUCACAGGCACAGACCUGGUUCUGCCCUGCCACCUCUCAUCCAAUUUGGCCCACGCUCGCUGGACCUUCAGAGGCCGGGACCUGACUGCAGAGCAACCCGGCUCCUUCCUCUAUGACAGAGGACUCCAGGCCCUGGUAGUGAUGGCUGCCCAGCCCCGCCACACCGGGCCCUAUCACUGCUAUUCGGAGGAGCAGGGGACAAGGCUGGCUGCAGAAAGCUACCUUGUCUCUGUCGUGGCUGGCCCGUCAGUGACCCUGGAGGCCCGGGCUCCCUUGGAAAACCUGGGGCUCGUAUGGCUCGCUGUGGUGGCUCUGGCGGCCGUGUGCCUGGUGUUGCUGCUGCUGGUUCUGUCCCUUCGUCGGCGACUUCGAGAAGAGCUCGAAAAAGGUGCCAAGGCAGCCGAGAGGACACUGGUGUACCCCCUAGAAAUGCCCAAGGAACCAACCAGCCCCCCGUUUCGCCCCGGCCCCGAAACAGAUGAGAAACUUUGGGAUCCCGUCGGCUACUACUAUUCAGAUGGCUCUCUCAAGAUCGUGCCUGGCCAUGCCCGGUGCCAGCCUGGGGGUGGGCCCCCUUCUCCACCGCCUGGCAUACCUGGCCAGCCCCUGCCUUCUCCGACUCGGCUUCACCUAGGGGGUGGUCAGAACUCAAACGCCAAUGGUUACGUGCGCUUACAGCUGGGAGGGGAGGACCGAGGAGGACUUGGGCACCCACUGCCGGAGCUCGCCGAUGAACUGCGACGCAAGCUACAACAGCGCCAGCCACUGCCUGACUCCAACCCAGAGGAGUCCUCAGUAUGAGAGGAACCCCCCACCCACCUCAUUGGCGGGGGGGUUUCGUGGGAGGUACACUCAACCUUUUUGCACAGGCACCAGCUACCUCAGGGACAUGGCGGGAGCACUUGCUUGGCCUGGGACAGACAUUGCCCAGCAUUUGCCCAGCCAUGAGGACCUGCUCAGCGUGGGCACUGCCACUUGGUGUGGCUCACCAGGGCAUCAGCCUCACAGGCGGCUCGCCCUCCUCUGUGAAUUUCAGACAUGUGGGACCCCAGCAGCCAAAACUUUGCAAGGCGGAAGUUUCAAGAUGUGGGUGUUUGUGCAUAGAUGUGUUGGUGUGUGUGUGUGUGUGUGUGUGUGUGUGUGUGUGUGUGUGUAAGGGUGCGCGCGUGCGUGCGUGUGCAUGUGUGUGUAGGUGUGUCUUUGUCAAGUCUUCCCUUGGCCUGGGGUCCUCCUGGUGAGUCUUUGGAGCUAUGAAGGGGAAGGGGGUCAUACCACUUUGCCUCUCCUACCCCCACCUGUCCUGCCUGAGCUUGGGACAGUGAUGUACAUAUGGGGAUGGGAUGGACAGGGUGUUGUACCCCUUUGGGGGAGUGCAGGACUCAGGGGUGGGCCUGGUCCUGCUCCUAGGGCUGUGAAUGUUUUCAGGGCGGGGGGAGGGA